AUGUGGUGUGAGUAUAUGCAUGUCCGACGGCAUGUGGGCGAGAGUUCGUGCGCCGCCCUUAUAGUGAUGCGGUCUCCGCACCGGCGGUAUGCAACACAGGACAAAUGCGAGGCCGCCCCUCAGCGGCCCAAAUCCCGCAAGUUGUUCUGGGGAGCUGUAGGCGCCACUGUACUAACUGGUGCGGCAGUUGUUUAUGCUAAGAGCAGUCCAGAUGCUCGCAACUGGCUAGAGUCAAAUGUCCCUUGGGCUAACGACUUCGUGGCUCUAGUGUACCAAGAGAACACCACGUAUUGGAAGGCAGCCGCCAACCAAUUCAACAGGACCACCUCUUAUCUCAGCGAAUUCAUGUUCGGAAAGGAAGGCGUUACCCCACCAGAUGUGACUCCGAGAUCUGAGCAGGAUAUUGAGAAGGAUGCUGCGAAGAAAUUCGCCAAGAAGACCUAUCAGCUGCCACCGCCAGUAAUCGAACCCCUGUAUGUGGAGGAAAAGGUUGUGACCACACCGCAAAUUGAAACCAAAGCUACUUUGGUCCAAACUGACAAAUGCGAGCCUCAGACGGCUCAAGUAGUGAAGAUUACUAAGGAUAUGGUGGAACUUGAGCACGAAAUGCACGAGAACACGAAAAUCGCCAUAGACAACUAUAAAGUGGCGACACAGUUCUGUACAGACUACAAUAAGGCUUUAUUCAAGAUCAUAGAGGCGUCAUUGGAUGAUUUGGAUAAGAAAUACUUCAGCGGUCUCCAAGGUUUACAGCAACAGAUGAACAAUGCCCACACUAAGGCGAAGGAAGCCUCCGCUAAAGCCAAAUGUGCUAUUGAGAACUUGGACCGUAUGAUCAAGAGUGGUAUGCAAGCGCCCCCCGAAAGCCAGGCCACCACCAAGCGGUACAUCAAGCAGUUCCGCGCAGACCUCACAGAGGCUGAAAAGAAUUUCAGCGAAGAAAAAGAAAAGUCUGCCAUGAGCAACAAGUAUUGGAAGAAGGUAGAAACAGCUCGCGAAAUGUUCAAGGACGAGCUACAGGCUUUGUACCCCGGCAUUGACAUCAACGCGCGCAAGCUGGAUAUCCGCGGAGAUACCGACUUACUACUCGUGUACGCGUUGAAGAGGAUACAAUACCUGCAGAACCAAUUAGUGGAGUUGCAAACAGUUCGCGACCUUAAGAUCAACAGGGCUAUCGAAUGUCACGACGAGAAAGCUAUCAUUGAAGCUAAAGCCGAAGACAUCAUUAGGACCGAAAGGAUGGCCAGAGAAGUUGAAUUCAUGAAGAAGAGCAUGUUAGUCCAAGCGGAAGCGAACAGGCAGACUAAAGAAGCUCUUAAGAAGCAAAUGGAGAUUCAACAAGAAGUCAUGCAUGACAAAAUCGCAAAGAAGGAAAAAGAGAUGAUGAACAACUUCAACCGCGCGGUUUCUGAGAAAGUCGAGGCCGAGCGAGUUGAGUUCAAGAAGGAACUUGCCGCCAUGGCUGGCAAGCUUAAAGCUAUUGAACAGACGUUGAAACAACGGUCUGCGGCGGAGGCGGAGGCGCGACGGUCGCAGUCGCUGUGGGCGGCCGCCGAGGCAUUGCUCGCCGCUACACGCAAGCCCGCGUCCGAGGCCAAGAUCGACAACGAACUCAGCGCGCUCGAGAAAGCCGGCAAGGACGACAAACUGGUAGAAACAGUACUUAAGGGUAUUCCCGCAGAAGUUCGCGAGAAAGGAAUCGCCACUGAGAAAUCGUUACGGGACAGGUUUGAAAAGAUGGAGAAGACAGCAAUGAAGGUUGCCCUGGUUGGCCGCGAGGGAGCCACGCUUCCCGUCUACUUCCUGUCCUGGUUGCAAUCAUUGCUGCUGUUCAAGACGUUCGCUGAUAUCCCCCAAGAGGAGUUGGAGAACCAGCCUACAGACUUCACUAAGUUGGACACUUUUGACAUCAUACAGAGGGCAAGGUACCACAUGGACCACGGCAACCUGCCGGCGGCGCUGCGCUACGUGAACCUGCUGCAGGGCGCGCCCCGCGCCGCCGCCCGGCCCUGGCUCGACGCUGCACGCAGACACCUCGAGAUCCGCCAGGCUGCUGAAGCCGUUAUGGCCCACGCAUCAGUCUCGGGACUUCUGUACCUAUAAAAAUAAUGCUAAUGAAUUUUGUUCCCACUACUUGUAAACCAGCGUCCCUACUGUCGGGCUACCAACAAAAAAUUUAUAGUAAGACGCUUUUAAUCAUACGUCCUUGCUAUCAAGAAGUAUGGACAUAUCUAUAGAACCCAAACUCAAUGUUUAUUAGUUGGUAAAACAUCAUACUACCGGUCAACUUUCUUUCCAAUCGUCAAAACAGCUCGAUAGCACCAUAAUAUUGUAUCGUCUUCUAAUCAAUAUACGAUUGGGUAGUUUCCUAGGUCAAAAAUUAAUCAAUUCGACGUUACAAUACAAUAAAGUAUUUAAAAUAAUAACUAUACUUUUAUUCAUCGAUCUGUCGAUACACAAAAUUUUCGAUAUUUUUAGCAAAUUUUUAAAAAUAUCUCAUUUGGAGUUUCGUACAAAUUUCAUAGAAAAAGUAUCGUUUUUGACAUUUGGACAAUGGAAACUACCGUAUUCUCAUGUUUCGUGAUGAUACAACAAUUUUAUUAGGAGUGUGUGUUCGUUACAUGUCGACCUCCGGCUACCUGAGCUGUGUAUAGGAAAUUGAACUCUAUACCGUUAAGAAUUGAUAUUGUUAUUCUAUGUUUUGGCUACCGGUCGUUUUGAUUACAUGUGUUGAUUCCCGACAGUUUGUUCUGACAGUUGAAGGGUAUGGGUAAACAAAAUUCACACAAUUUGUGUCGAAAGCUAGCAUCUGUAGGCGUUAUUAAACAUCUUUGGCACAUUAUCGACCCUCGUACAUCAGGUUUAAAAAGUGCUGAAGUUAAGAAAAGUACUAAAAACAAGUAAAGUUUCUAGAAUGCACUAUAAGAUGUAAUUUACUUUCAGUCAGUUUACCGUGUAGAUUUGUAGGUGAUAAAGUCGGU